ACACGCGCGCCUACCUCCGGGGUCAAAGGACAAUAACUUCAGUUCGUUCUGGAAAGGUCUUCCCACAAGUUUUCCAGAGAAGAGACGCCAUGAGUAGACUAGACUACAGCAAGUGGAACAACAUCGAGGUGAGCGAUGAUGAGGACGACACUCACCCAAACAUCGACACGCCGUCCCUCUUUCGCUGGAGACACCAGGCCAGGGUGGAGAGGAUGGAGCAAGCCAAGAAAGAGAAGGAGUCGUUUGACGAAGAGGCAACGACGCACAAGAAAAGGGUGAAGGAAAUUCAAAAGAAGCUAAAGGAGGUGGAAUUGGCUGGAAAGACGGAUGAGGUUCGAAAGUUGAACAAAGACUUGGGGGAGUUAAAGAAACAAGAAGACCACUUCAAGAAGAAAGAAGAAGAACUGGCCAAGAAAGACAGGUUGACUCCGUGGAAUGUGGACACACUCUGCCAGCCAGGAUUUGAGAAAACUAUCAUAAACAAGGGGAAACCAAAUACUGACGAGUCGGAAGAUGAAAAAACCAAGAAAAUGAUGUCAUUCAUGGACAAACAUGAGAAGGAAAUAAAGAAGUUUGGGAUGAUAAAGGACUACAAUGCUAGUCGAGACUAUUUGCGAGACAAUCCUCAUCUUGUUCGCGAGGACACUGCCAGUUACCUCACUCUGUGGUGUGUCAAUCUGGAGAUGCAAGAAAAGCAAGCGCUUGUGGAGGUGGUGUCCCAUCAGACCAUAGUGAUGCAGUAUAUCCUAGAGCUGGGCAAACAGCUCAACAGAGAUCCCAGAUCCUGCAUACCAGGCUUCUUUGAAAGAAUAAAGACGGCAGAGAGGCAGUAUGUGGAGGCGUUUGAAGACGAGAUUCGGGCCUUCAAGAGCAGAGUGAAGGCAAGAGCCAAGGAGAAGGUGGAGGCAGCCAUCAAGGAGGCAGAUGAGGAGGAGAGAAAGAGCAGGUUGGGACCGGGAGGACUGGAUCCUGUGGAGAUCAUAGAGACACUCCCUGCUGCCCUAAAGGAGUGUUUUGAGACAAAGAACGUAGCCAGACUGCAGGGAGUCCUGGCAGCCAUGCCCAAGGAGGAUGCCAUCUACCACAUGCAGCGCUGCAUCGACGCAGGCCUCUGGGUCCCCGACGCUAAAGCUGCAGGUCUAACCCCAGCCAGUGAAGAGCUGAAGAAGAUGAACAUAGCAGUCGAAUCAGAUUCAGACUCGGAAUACGAGGCAGUAGAUGAGGAGGGGGAGCGAGAGGAGAGGGGGGAGGGAGACGUCACUGAGAUGCCCCUGGACUAAAACAUUUAACGUUUUACUGCUGUGCACGCACAUCCACGCUCUGUGUACAUCAGAAAAAGUCCCUUCAUUGCUGAGUGAUGCUUUAGUAAUGUAGCUACUACGCCCCGCCCCCAUUUUGUCAUGCUGUGAAAAGCUGCUGCCAUUUCAUUACAUUUUGCUGCUGUUUGUUUUGAAUGCAUUUUCACGGAUUGAGUUUUGACCUACUGUGUAGAUGAUCAAAAACAAUAAUAGUUUAAAAAAAGUUA